AUGGCCACCGCAGACACUCCUUCUUCUGCUCCAAAUGCACCCAAUGCAUUCCGUUUCCUUUCGGGUGCUUCGUCACUCGUCUUGCUCCAAGUUUUGACCCGAGUCGCGACCUUUGUCCUGAACCAGGCCCUUGUGCGCUUUUCGACACCUCAGGUGUUUGGGACCGCGUCAAUCCAAUUCGAACUUUUACUUUCUUCCAUCCUCUUCAUCUCCAGAGAGGGCGUGCGGUUAGCGCUCCUCCGUUCAACAGACAAGAAGGAUGAAACGACGCCCGAGACGAAUGAAAUAACCUCUUCUCCUAAAAUAGAUUCUACACCUUCCAACUUGCACAAACGUAAAGGUGGCAAGGCGGACACAUCACCACAAGCGGAUCAACUAUCGACGCAUAAAGCUUCUGCAGACGUCCUCAGCUCGAAUAUAGCAACCUUACCCGUUCUUUUUGGCCUCUGUUUGUCAUUGGUCCUCCCAAUGGCAUACAUCUGGACGGCGUCACCAGAAUCAAGUGCUCAACCGCAUUUUCGACUCUCCAUCCUCAUAUAUACAGCAUCGGCAAUGUUGCAAUUGGCUGCAGAACCGAUGUAUAUUCUCGCACAGCAGGAGGAGCUGAACUUUACCGCUCGUGUUCGCAGCGAAGCAGCCGGCGUCUCCCCGUGCCGCUAUUACU